AUGUUUUUUACUUAUGUUGUUCGUCCUGGAGAAGCCCCAGAAGGUCGUGGACCCCAAUUUGAACCUUUUUGGGACUUUUUUAUGAAUUUUAAUUUACGUGUUGGAUUUCUUAUUCAAUUUAUUUCAUAUUUAUUAUUAGUUUGUUCAGUAUCUCUAAUAGGAAAUAAUCCAUUUGGUAUUUUAAAAUUCUUAAGAGCAUUACCAGGAAAUGUUGGUGAUGCACCAAUACCUUUAGUGCUUCUUAGUGUAGGAGGAUUUUUAUUAGGAACUCUUCUAAUCAUGUCCUUUUUGCAAUUAACAGAAGAUGAUAGCAGUAUUAAACAGUCAAGAGGAUAUAGAGCAGGAACAAAAUUUUUAUUACAAGCUACAUCAAUGGGAACGGUAUCAUGGAGUUUGUCUUUAAUAUGUUUAAUGGCAUCAUCUUAUUAUUUUGAUGAUCCAUGGAUGGAAGAAAAAAUUGGUGCUGGUUCCUCUUGGAUUUUAUACUUUAGUUCAAGAGUUAUUGAUGCUUUUUGCUUAUUUUUAUAUGGUUCUGGAUGUUUUUUUUUGGAAGUGUAUCAUUCUGAAGGUGCAGGAGAAGCUUGGGGUUGGUUAUGUGGAAUGAGCUUUUUAGCUACUUCAUUUUUAGAAGUGUUGGGAUUAACAUUAUUUAAUACUCCAUCUUUUGAAUCCUUAGAUUGGUUUUACUGCUUAUUUUUAGGUAUAAGUCUUUUUUUCAGUGUAGUAUGGGGAUUUUUAUUUGAACCCAUAAGUCACAGAUAUGAUGUAAAAUUAACCCAAAGUGCUAUGAGAAAUGAAUACUACAAAUCAAGAAAUGCUAUGGCCUAUUAUGGUCCAGCUGUUGUAACAGCUAAUGGAGAAAUUGAUAUUGAAGCAUCAGCUGAACACAUUCCUUCGUGCAAAAAAUGUUAA